UCUGUGGGAAAGGCACUACAGCCUUCUUGGGAAUUUGACACGGUGCGAGGGUUGUCGGCUUCAAAAGUGGUGAUUUAUAACUUAUGUCAACCUUUCGUUUUAUGUGGCGGAUAGUUCUUACUGAUCAGCAUCGGCUUAGUGAUGUUGACUAAUGGCUUUUGCAGUCGCACAAUGGGUGCUUUUAUUGGCUUACGGCAAUUCGGGAAAUACAGAUCUGUUCCAAAACACUUUUGGUUCUACUAUUUACUCUAUUUCCGGAAAAUUUUUGUCAACAACUGUAGGUGAUACAGGGUGUUUUAUCGAAAAGCGGCAGAAUCAAUGAAGUGAAAAAUUAAUUGUAAGAAAAGGUAUAUAUUUACCAGCAUUAUGCCAGGCAAAAGGAAUAAAGCCCAACAGUCCAAAACUAGUCAGGUGAAAAGACCACGUCGUGCACAGAACGGAACUGGAGAGUCCACUACCAAUGAUGCUGUGGCUGUCGAUACAAGCACUCAACCCCUUGAUGUUCCUCCUGAAACCUUGGCUGCAUUAACCCAAACCAUAACAAAGGCAGUCACGGAGAAGGUGUUAGCAGAGAUAAAACCAUUACUGCAACAUCAGGGGAGUAUCUCUGUUCAUAAUAUGGGGGAGAAAGGGGAAAUAAUGCUUCCACUACAUCAAGCAAUAGCUUAACAGCAGGUCCUUCUGGGUCAGUUUGUCAAAUAACAAAUAAGUCAGUGGAUGCAAGUAUCUCAGGAUUGGUAUCAGGCGCUGUAAUCGAACACAGUUCACAGAUUGUAGGUACUGAACUUCCACCUGCAGCAAAUGUCGGUAAGAAAUCAGGUUUUGUAAGCUCAUCAGUACCGAUAGAGGCAACUGUUUCUGACAAAAUAAAAUCUAAAAUUUGGUCAAAACAAUAUGUUGAUAUGGCUCUGUUGUUUAAAAAGGAAAAGGGGAAAAGUAAGUAUUCUAUCAAGGUAGAGGAACAGGAUCAGACAGGUAAGGUGGUAAUCCACAAUAUGCGAUCCACAGAUGACGACGAAGUUAGGGAUGGUUCGUUACCCCUGCAUGACUGGGUAACUGCGUGGAAUAGGUAUGUGACAAUAUAUUGCAUUAAAGAUACACUUGCACAGCCAAAGCUUGCAAAACACAUGGAAUCAGUAAGGCAAAUUGCAGAGGAAAAUGGGGACUGGAGAAAAUAUGAUAAGGAGUUCAGGGAACUCAUAGAACAAGGUGAGGUAGAAUGGGGUGAUGUCCAUAUGGAGAUAUAUGUUAAUGCUCGCCUCAAACAAUCGGAAAAAAAGUCAAGCAAAAUAACACCAGACCGUUCGUCAUUUGGUACGUAUGAGGAAGUCCCUCAGGGGUCAUGCUUUGCCUAUCACAAAGCUGGAAGGUAUUGUAGGCUUGGUUCAUCAUGCAAAUUCCAGCACAGAUGUUAUAACUGUGGUGGUUUCCAUCCAGUCUACAUAUGUAAAAAACCAAUUCAACGGCCAUUUCGUUUCUUGGACAAAUCCAGAACCCAAAAACCAUUUCAAGGAAAUGGCACAUCAACCAACACAGGUAAUGCUAAAUUCUCAAAGCCAACCUAUCCCACAAAAGGGUCCAACUCCAGUAAAUCCCAGUAGAUUAGAGUACUGGUUGGUGGGGUAUGACAAGGUAGAAACAGAAUUUUUAGUUAAUGGUUUUCGAUAUGGUUUCCACAUUGGUUACACAGGGGAAAGUAGAAAUACUCUUUCAAAAAAUUUAAAAUCGGCACUGGACUUACCAGAAGUUAUUAGCAAAAAGUUAGAAAAGGAGAUAAAUUUGGGUAGAAUUAUGGGUCCUUUCAAAGAGAAACCACUGCCAAUUUUAAAUUGUUCCCCUUUAGGUCUAGUUAGUAAGAAAACAGAGGGUGAGUACCGUAUGAUCCAUCAUUUGUCAUACCCGGAAGGUAAGUCUGUCAAUGAUGGCAUACCCGAGGAAGAGUCAUUUGUUCAAUACUCUUCUGCAGAGGAUGCUAUUCAAAACAUUAAGCAGUGUGGGAAAGGAUCAUAUUGUUGCAAAACAGAUAUUUCUAAUGCAUUUCGAAUUAUCAACUUACAUGCAUCACAGUUUGAAUACUUUGGUUUCACUUGGCAAGGUCAUUGGUAUUUUGACACAUGUCUUCAGAUGGGUUGCAGUUCUUCCUGUCGUAUAUUUGAAAGGUUUAGUACAGCACUUCAGUGGAUUGCACAAGAAAAAUUAGGAAUUAAAUUUAUGACUCAUGUAUUAAAUGAUUUUCUAAUUGUUGACAAAUCUGCGACAGAGUGCCACAAAAAACUUGUGGCAUUUUUAACAGUUUGCGCCGACAUAGGUGUACCUAUGGCUAAGGAUAAGACAUUUGGUCCUAACAAGGUAAUGACUUUUCUGGGAUAUGAAUUAGACACUGAGAUGAUGGAGGCAAGGUUACCUAUUGAUAAAGUUAAAAAAUGUAGAGAUACAAUUGAACAGCUUUUACCAAGCAGAAAGAUUACUUUGAAGGACAUGCAGUCAGUGAUUGGUCUUCUUAAUUUUGCGUGUAAUGUGGUCUUGCCAGGUAGAGCAUUCUUAAGGCGACUUAUCAACACUACUAUUGGCAUUACAAAAGCAUAUUAUCGCAUUAGACUAAACAAAGAGGUAAAAGCAAAUUUAUGUACUUGGUUAGCCUUCUUGGAAAAAUUUAAUGGUAGGUCAGUUUUCUUACCAGAUAGGUGGGUUGAUUCCAAUGAAUUAAAACUGUAUACAAACGCUUCGGGAUCUAUGGGAUACGGGGCAGUGUUAGGUGGGCACUGGUUCUAUGGGACUUGGCAUGAUAAUUGGAAAAAAUGUAAUAUUACUCUCUUGGAAUUUUACCCAAUAGUGUUAGCUCUUAAAGUUUGGCGUCAUAUUUUUAAAAACAAAUGCAUUUACUUUUACACAGACAAUUAUGCCCUUGUGCAUAUCAUUAACAAGCAAUCGUCUAAGGAUAAAAGUAUAAUGUAUUUGGUUAGAGAGUUAGUGCUAAUUUGUUUGCAGUCUAACAUUUUGUUUAAAGCUAGGCAUCUGAGUACCAAGGAAAAUAUUCUAUGUGAUUGCUUGUCUCGUUUGAAGGUGCAGCAGUUCCAUCAACUUGCUCCUUGGAUGGACAAAGAACCAACGGUGAUUCCCAAUCUGCCAACAUUACCUCCUUAGAACCAGUCUUGAGGAACCUGUUGACUUCAACAUUGGCACCAGCUUCCACUCAAGCAUAUAAACGGGCAUGGUCUAUUUAUAGAAAUUUUGCAAACAAAUUUGAUAUGAGUAAUGAUCUUACGUUGUCUCAGGAAACUUUGGCUUUGUUUAUCUCUUAUUUAUUUGCUGAAGAUUAUGCAGCCUCCUCUAUCGUGUCAUUUAUUUCAUCAAUAGCAUAUAUACAUAAAAUUAAUAAUUUGCCUGACAAUACAUCAUGCUUUCUCAUUCAGAAACUAUUAAGUUCUUGUCGCAAAUAAAGACCUUCAAUGGAUAUUCGUUUACCAAUAACCAUAGUAGUUCUGCAUAAAAUUUGUGAUGCGUUCGAACAUACAAUAUCGAGCAUAUAUAAAAGGGCAUUAUUUCAAACAAUGUUUUUAUUGGCUUUUCACGGCUUCCUCAGAAUAGGAGAGAUAACAUCAGUUGGCACUGCUAAUAAGGUUUUACAAGUUUCACAGAUUACUUUUCAGAAAAGUAAAGUUUUGAUUCACUUUCAAAAUUAUAAACAUUCUGAUGGUAAAGUUUUUAGUCUUACAAUUAAUUCUUGCAACUCUUUAAAAUAUUGUCCAGUGGGGGCAUUAGAACACUACAUUAAGAUGAGAGGGAGGACCGAUGGGCCCCUUUUUUGCUACCCCCAAAACACUGCAGUCACAAGGCAAGAAUUUUCAAACAUAUUAAAGCAAAGCCUCAUGUUUUGUAAUUUGGAUGUCAAUAGAUUCAAAGGACAUUCCUUUCGAAUCGGAAUGGCCUCUUACUGUGCAUCACGAGGGAUGAGCGAUAGUCAGAUUAGAUUCCUGGGUAGAUGGAAAUCGGAUGCAUUUAAAUAUUACAUAAGACACGUGACACCAUGUUGAUAUAUGCUUGAGUGGAAGUGGAUCCUCGGAGCAGAUUUUGUUUUGUUAAUUGCGUAGGAUCUCGACUUUUAAGUGAUUUUCAAGAGUAUUAACUUAGGGGGGCAUAUGUUUAUCCCUCAUCCAGAACAAUAGUGCCUAAGUCAUUUGUUAAUACUUAGGCUGGUAGGUGACAAGAUUGCGUGCGUAUAAACAUUUAUAACGGUGAGGAAGCUUACAGUGUAAAAUAUUUUUCAAUAUGGGGGCAUAUGUCUAUCCCUCAGCUAAAACAUUGCUCGAAGUAGUCCUUAAGUGAAUACCACACACAUGUGAACUUAGUAAAAAACAGCGAAUAAGAUGAUGAUUUGCGACUAUAAGGGCAUAUGUUUAUCCCUUAUCGAACAUUAUACAGUCAUUCGUUAAUACUUGGGACCCACAGACAUAAUACACUAGGAAUAGUAAACUCAUUAGGUUGUGAUGGGGGCAUAUGUUUAUCCCUCAUAAGACAUUUGUGAAUUCAAAUUUUUUAUCAUAAUUGAAUUGUAAGAGAUUUAUAGAAACAGUAUCUUGUCAUAUAUAUAUUUCAUGAGAAAGUUAUUUUGUUACAUUACGGGACAUAUGUUUAUUCCCAUUUUUGUAAAUUUUACUCAAUUUUGGUAUGAUUUAUGUUUGAGGUGUGUUGCCAUUUAUUUUUCCUUUAUGGGUCUGAACUUUCCCUAGUUCGGUCAAGUCAGUGGCGUUUUCAGACCCAUUUUCAUGAUUUUUCUGUUAAAUCUAAGUGGUAAUUACUGUAAAUUUGGAUUAUCUCCCUUUACAAAAUUGGUUUUAUUUCUCAUCUUGAUAUCUUGUGUCUGCUAAAAAUUAUAUGUCAUUAUUAAUAAUACUUUUGAGAAUUUCAAACAAAUUAUUAAACGUCACAAAGGUGGCAACACACGACAAACUGUUUUACAGACUUUUUACUCAUUGAAGGAGGAUAAGAUAAGGUGUUCUAGCUUUGAAAGGAUUAUGGAAAGAAAUUAACCAGUUGAUGGGUAACUGGGUUAUCAAAAUACUUAUUGCAUUAAAAUAAAUAAAUUUAAGUUUACUUAAAAAUUUUUAUUGUAAUCAAUAAGUGUCCUCCUUGAAUGUGAAAGUCUGAAAUACUGUAUAGCUGUGCUUUGUAAUGUUAAUUUUGUUCCAUGUCUUACCGUGGUAGGAGAGGCAGAGAUUGACCAAUCAAAAUCUGACCAAUUAAAAUCUAACAAAUGAAAUUCUGACCAUGCGGUGCGUUACUCUGCCUUUUCUCCCAUCUACAUCCUUGGAGGACGGACGUUGUUUCAAAGUUUGUUAUUUAUUUUAUCAAGAUUUUGGUGAGUAAAUUUAUUUCAUUAUG